CCUGUUUCCAGAUCUUAAGCAUUUUCAUGGUGUCUUCUUUCUCCUCAAUAGCUCACCCUUGGCCCUGUACUGAACAGUUUGCUACAUUCUCUUAUUAUUCUUUGGGACAUCGCAGUGAAAAAAGGACUCUUUGAGAGACGAGGAAACGGAACUUCAGAAAGCGGAAGGGACUUAAUUAAGUCAAAUGACUAGGGCCGGCGGUCCUGAGCCUUCUGAAGUUAGGAUCCUGCUGGUGGUGGGGCCCUGAAACCCAGGAUGGGACACCCCAGAUGGAGGAUCCUGGGGCCUGGCCCCCAACACUAUGAAGAGCCUUUGCUGAGGCCAUGAGGGGUUACCAUGGCGACCGAGGCAGCCAUCCCCGCCCAGCCCGCUUUGCUGACCAACAGCAUAUGGACGUGGGCCCAGCUGCCAGGGCCCCGUACCUGCUGGGCUCCGGGGAGGCCUUCUCCACCGAGCCCCGCUUCUGUGCCCAGAGAGCUGGCCUGGGACACCUUUCUCCUGAAGGGCCCUUGAGCCUGAGUGAGGGGCCAUCAGUAGGCCCUGAGGGAGGGCCAGGAGGGGGUGGGGUUGGGGGGGGUAGCAGUACCUUCCCCAGGAUGUACCCCGGCCAGGGCCCUUUUGACACCUGUGAAGACUGUGUGGGCCACCCACAGGGCAAGGGUGCCCCCCGCCUGCCUCCCACCCUCCUGGACCAGUUUGAAAAGCAGCUGCCAGUACAACAAGAUGGUUUUCACACGCUUCCUUACCAGCGAGGACCAGCAGGGGCUGGGCCUGGGCCAGGACCAGGGGCUGGCACUACCCCCGAGGCCCGCAGCGAGAGCCCCAGCCGCAUCCGGCACCUGGUUCAUUCUGUGCAGAAGCUCUUUGCCAAGUCCCACUCUCUGGAGGCACCGGGGAAGCGGGACUAUAAUGGGCCCAAGGCUGAGGCCAGAGGGGGCUCUGGGGGAGACAGCUACUCUGGCUCUGGAGGCCCUCACACCUCCCACCACCACCACCACCAUCACCACCACCACCACCACCAGUCCCGGCAUGGCAAGAGGAGCAAGAGCAAGGACCGAAAGGGGGAUGGGAGACACCAGACCAAGGCGGCGGGCUGGUGGAGCUCAGACGACAACCUGGACAGUGAUAGCGGUUUCCUGGUGGGCGGGCAGCCCCCUGGGGAGCCUGGUGGGCCCUUCUGCCUGGAGGCUCCAGAUGGGUCCUACCGGGACUUGAGCUUCAGGGGCCGCUCAGGCGGGUCAGAAGGCCGCUGUCUUGCCUGCACUGGCAUGUCCAUGUCACUGGAUGGACAAUCAGUCAAGAGAAGUGCCUGGCAUACUAUGAUGGUCAGCCAGGGCCGGGAUGGCUAUCCAGGGUCUGGGCCAGGCAAGGGCCUCCUGGGUCCAGAGACCAAGGCCAAAGCCAGGACUUACCACUAUCUGCAGGUGCCGCAAGAUGACUGGGGGGGUUACCCAACUGGUGGCAAAGAUGGGGAGAUUCCUUGCCGCAGGAUGCGGAGCGGCAGCUACAUCAAAGCCAUGGGGGACGAGGAGAGUGGAGACUCGGAUGGCAGCCCCAAGACAUCUCCCAAAGCAGUUGCCCGGCGCUUCACCUCCCGCCGCUCCUCCAGCGUGGACCAGGCCCGGAUCAACUGCUGUGUCCCACCCCGGAUCCAUCCCCGGAGCUCUAUCCCUGGCUACACCCGUUCCCUCACCACUGGACAGCUCAGCGAGGAGCUGAACCAGCAGCUGGAGGCCGUGUGCGGGUCCGUGUUUGGGGAACUCGAGUCCCAGGCGGUGGACGCCCUGGACCUGCCCGGCUGUUUCCGCAUGCGCAGCCACAGCUACCUCCGGGCCAUCCAGGCCGGCUGCUCGCAAGACGACGACUGCCUGCCCCUCCUUGCUGCCCCCGCCACUGUCUCAGGGAGGCCCGGCUCCUCCUUCAACUUCAGAAAGGCCCCGCCCCCCAUCCCGCCGGGAAGCCAGGCCCCGCCCCGCAUCUCCAUCACCGCCCAGAGCAGCACCGACUCCGCCCACGAGAGCUUCACCGCCGCCGAGGGGCCCGCCCGGCGCUGCAGCUCGGCCGAUGGGUUGGACGGCCCCGCCAUGGGCGCGCGCACGCUGGAGCUGGCGCCGGUCCCACCCCGGGCCAGCCCCAAGCCCCCCACCCUCAUCAUCAAGACCAUCCCUGGCAGGGAGGAGCUGCGGAGCCUGGCGCGGCAGCGGAAGUGGCGGCCGUCUAUUGGGGUGCAGGUGGAGACUAUCUCGGACUCAGACACGGAGAACAGGAGCCGAAGAGAGUUCCACUCCAUCGGCGUGCAGGUGGAAGAGGACAAGAGGCGGGCGAGGUUCAAGCGCUCCAACAGCGUGACGGCAGGCGUGCAGGCAGACCUGGAGCUGGAGGGCCUGGCUGGUCUGGCCACAGUCGCCACCGAAGACAAGGCCCUGCAGUUCGGGCGCUCCUUCCAGAGACACGCCUCUGAGCCUCAGCCUGGGCCCCGGGCCCCCACCUACUCAGUCUUCCGCACCGUCCACACGCAGGGCCAGUGGGCCUACCGCGAGGGCUACCCACUGCCGUACGAGCCACCGACCUCCGAUGGGUCCCCCGUCCCUGCCCCCAUCCCCGCUCCUGGCCCCGGGGCUGGCCGCCGUGACUCUUGGAUGGAGCGCGGUUCGCGGAGCCUCCCCGACUCGGGCCGCACGUCCCCCUGCCCCCGGGAUGGCGAGUGGUUCAUCAAGAUGCUGCGAGUGGAGGUGGAGAAGCUGGAGCACUGGUCCCGGCAGAUGGAGCGCGAGGCGGAAGACUAUGAGCUGCCGGAGGAGAUCCUGGAGAAGAUUCGCAGUGCUGUGGGAAGCACACAACUUCUCCUGUCCCAGAAGGUUCAGCAGUUCUUCCGGCUGUGCCAGCAAAACAUGGACCCCACUGCGUUCCCCGUGCCCACCUUCCAGGACCUGGCGGGUUUCUGGGACCUCCUGCAACUCUCCAUCGAGGAUGUGACCCUCAAGUUCCUGGAGCUGCAGCAACUCAAGGCCAACAGCUGGAAACUCCUGGAACAGAAGGAGGAAAAGAAGGUCCCUCCGCCGAUACCAAAGAAGCCCUCGCGGGGCCGGGGCGUGCCGGUGAAGGAGCGCUCCCUGGACUCCGUGGACCGGCAGCGGCAGGAAGCGCGCAAGCGGCUCCUGGCGGCCAAGCGCGCCGCCUCCUUCCGCCACAGCUCGGCCACCGAGAGCGCCGACAGCAUCGAGAUCUACAUCCCCGAGGCCCAGACCAGGCUGUGAGCAGCCCGGCGGCCCGGCCCGCCCCGGGCCCGGCCCGCGGCCUUCUCCCCGUACUGUACGCCCCGCGUCGAGGUCACUGUGAACGCCGGCCGUCCGCGCGCCGCGCCGCCGGCCCCGCACGCCCGUCACACUCGUGGGUUUUUUACCUUCCUGACCCCCACGCGAAGGCGCCGGGGCCGGGCCGGGGGCCGGGCCUCUCCGCCCUGCGCCCCCCACUUGGAACCCCCUCCCUCCUGGUCCGACGCUUUGUCCCCACCUCCUUCCCUGGGCACCGACUCUCCCCCACUCCCACCCCCCAGGGGCCAGGCCGGGCUGGGUCCCUCCUCUGGGCUCUGCGUCCCUCCCCCACCCCGCGGGGCUGGGCUUCGUGGGGAUCAAGCUUCGUGGCUUUUUAUGAAGACUCCCCCAACCCCACCAGGGAGCCCGCCCCCCACCCCCACCCCUCCCCGGGGCUCCACCCUCGGCCCGCAGCCCACCGGGCCCAGGGCUCACAGUGGCUGGACCAACCCAGGACCAGGGCGCCUGGGCCUCUCCCCUUUCCUAGCGGCUGGGGCGGGGAGAUGGGGGCUUCCCCUCCCCACACCCGUGGCUGUUCCCACACCCCCUUGAGAAUCCCAGGAAAAAUAAAACGGCGGAACUGCA